AUGUCCGGACUCUGCUUCCACGGCAGCGACAGGAAGAACGAUAGGGGGAAGGUCGGGACCAAGCGGUGCUCACGCUGCAAGAGCAUGGUCUACUGCUCGCGCGAGUGCCAGGUCGCCGACUGGAAGAGCCACAAGGUGGCGUGCAAGGAGAGCGGGGCGUGCAAGGAGAGCGGGGCGGACAAGGAUGGAGCUGCGGCCAAGUGUGAAGUGGGGGCUGGGGCUGGGGCUGGAGCUGGAGCUGGGCCGAGCGGCACUGCCUGCCAUGUGCGGCAGAUGACGAUGGAAGACCUCAAGCGGACGCCAAGCAUGGAGGCGGCGAUGAAGGCGGUGGUCGACGCAGUGACCGCCAACGAUACCGAGGCGCUCAAGGCGGUGGCGCUCGGGUCGGCCGAGGGCCAGCUGGCGUACGCGCUGCUCAACACGGCUGAGCCGAACCCGACCGAUUUUUUCCUCGCCGCGCAGGGCUUUAUGGGGCGACAGGAGCUCGACGCAGCCAUGAUCUGCUUCCGCAAGACGAUGGCGGCGGCGCGUGGGCGGUGGUCGACGCACGGGCCAGAGAUGCUCGGCUCGCUGCUGUAUUUGAGCAUGCUCGCUGGUGCACGCAUGUGGGUUCCCGAGAGCGUCCGCAACGAGGAGAUCAUCAAGUACUCGCGAAAGUUCAUGGGCGCGAUCGGCAAGCACAAGGGCGCGGCGGCGAGGAUCUCGCCGGUCCAGGUGGCGACGGUGGUGAACAACCUCGCAGGCGCGCUGUAUGUCCGCGGCUACGAGAGCCGCAGUGCUAGCGAUGCGCGCGACGCGCUCGCCUUCCACUCGAUGGCGCUCAAGACAUUUACCAAGAGCAACGACCGAGUCCGGUGGGCGCAGAUCUCAUCCUGUGUCGGCGCCGCCGCCGCGCUCCUCAUCGAGCUCGGCGAGGCGACGCCCGACGAUGUGCGCGCGGGCAAGAAGGCAUUUGACGACACGUUGACGGUCAUCAACUCGUCAACCUCGCCGUCAGACUACGCUACGAUUGCCGACGGCGUUGCUCGGGUCGAUGUGGCGUACAAGGCGCUGGAUUAG